AUGGAGGCCCAACAAGACACCGGUGCGGCGACGCGACGCGGCUCAUCCCGGGAAUCCAGGAACACCACGGGCACCGGGAGCGGCCUGGCCAGCGGAAACGCCAUCCUGGUUGACAUGACGAGGCUGGCAGAUGUGCUUGGGUGCGGGCGCGAUGAGCUGCUCCACAGCCUUCGGAAGGAGGCGACCUCGGAAGCGGAGGGCGUCGCCGUGGACGGGACGAGGACAUCGCCGACACUCGACCAACUCGACGUCCCAGCCAUGUACCCCCCCUCGGGGGUGCGCCAGGCGCUCAUGACUACCGUCAGCAGACCCGCCAACGCGUCGGGUAAGGCGGAAGACGGGGAGGUGCCGCGGCCGCUGUGGCUGCUCGGGGGCUCCGGCGGAAAGACCAUUGUCGAGCUCGUGCUGCUCAACCUGGUGAGAAGCGGUAUUGACCGCGUCGUGAUCGUUGUCGGGGGUAAGGACGGCGACAAGAUCAGGGACGCCGUCAGCCGUACCCGCGCGGUGUCCGCGGGUAAGAUCACGAUAGAGUUCCUCGAGGACCCCACCGACCCAUCCAGGCAGUUCCACGCCAAGUCCAUCCUGAGGGCGAGAGGCGCCUUCGACAGCCCGUUUUUGUUCAUGACGUCGGACCACCUCUACCACCCGGGCCUCCUACACCAGUUGGCCGGGCAAGAGCUAGGCGAAGACGGGGGCUGUGUCCUGGUGGAGGAUGCCGCUGGACCGAGCUCCCUCAGGGACAUGGCACCUACGGCGGUCUUCGUGCGGAGGGCAGAAGCCGAUUCCGCUUCGGCCGCGUUGCCCUCCGCGGGUGAGACUGGCAGCGCCGAGAAACAGGCGUCCAGGCGAGUCAUGGCUAUAGGGAGGCGGGAGCAGGGCAAGCGGCAGAAGUGGGACGGCGUGGAGUGCGGCGCGAUCCUGUUGUCUCCGGAGAUCUUCGACACCCUCUCGGACCUCGGGAAGCGGAGGAAGUACUUCACGCUUGCCGAUGGGCUUGACUUCAUGGCAGGCAAGGCGUGUGCGGUGUGGUGA